AUGCGGUUAUUCAACCAUGCAGUAUCCCCGCACGUCACUCUGCCGCAUCAGGUACACCCAAGAAAGCUUCUCUAUGCAAUCAGCUAUAGUUUCUCUGAAACUUUAUGGGAAAUAAAAAGAACUUGGGUAGUUAUCAGCAAUGGCAACGGAACUGUGCAGGCAGUGUAUCGUGCGUGGUGAAGAAAAAAGUGGGAAUGGGUCGGUGGAGCCAAAGAUUUGCCGUUCUCACCGUCAACCACGUCCUUUACAUUUACAAGUCAGUCUUAACAGAAGAUUUGAAAACCCAUGGAACCCAGCAAAAAUGUUGGAAGUUACUGAAAUACUAAAAGUUCGUAUUUGCAUUUCAAAUUACUUGCCGAAUCCAGAGGCUUCCAGAUCGGAGAAUGACGGCAUGGCUUUCAAAAUUGACGAGCUACGCGUUAUAAAGAUCAAGAUGGGCAACACUUUGCAAGUCGAGUUGCAAGAUCGACACCAUCGAAAGGUAAAUCUUCUUAUUCACAAGGGAGGUAUUUUUGGUGGCCGGUUGAACUUUUGUUGAAACUUUGCUGAAAGGUACUAUAAAACCUCCUCUUUCCAGAACACGAACAAAAUUUCUCGCAAUAGAUCUCGUUUUAGAGUUAUGAAGCUUCAAAGUUUGCACGCUGAAUAAGUGCUGCAAGGCAAGAGGGAUUGUGGCUCGCGUACGAUCCCUCUACUCCAGUUGGCAGCGUGGUGUAGUGGCUAGUGUCCUUGCACUGCAGUGUCUAUGACCGGAGUUCGAAACUUUUUGAAGAAAUGCGUUUUUGUCAAAACUUUCAAUAGAUCGCUUUCUGUACUUUUUUUCAAGAAUUUAGGGAGGACUUACUCAUCUUUCUGUGGUGUAAGUUUUUAUUUGAUUCUUUUUAAAUUAUCAACUGGACUGAAACGCUGAAUAAAAGGCGUUCCGCGCAAUAAAAAAAAAUGCGAAAUUUUGGGUCCCAGCGGCAUAUUAUCCGUGGCGCAUUAUUGCGCCCUUCUCAUGGUUUCUGAUGCAAAAAUUGAAUUUAUUCACUUUUUUCAUUGGUUUUUUACUUUUUUCUAUUUCUUGCAUUUAUGUGAUCCGCCUCUCUAUGGGUACAUCUUGUGGAUGUACCCAUAGAGAGGCGGAUCACAUAAAUGCAAAUUGCGCACUUUUCUGAACCGGUUUCAAAUCUUUAACUUUUUUCUCAAAAGAGUUGAAGAUUUUUCUAAAAGUCCUAAUUUUUCAAAAUUUUGAAAUCUGUUUCGCGACAUGAAAAGAGUCACUCUAAUUCGGAAACUAUAGUUUUUAAUUUAAUCAGUUAAUUUUUAUGCACAAAGUGGAUUUGUGUACAAGUUAUUAUCUAGUUCCUUUGACGUAGUUUGAAACCGGUUUCGUUUAAAUUAGAGCCAAAUUGAAUUUGCUGAUGCAGUUUAAUGAUUUUGAUAUAUGAAUCAUCUAAAUUAUAUAUUUUUUUCCUAGUUUUUUGAUUGUUUUUCGGAUUUAAACAAAAAUUUCGCCAUACGAGGUUUUUUCUAAAUUUUCUGCUUUCUAUCCAUUAUUUGUUUUUCUGAAGCUAGUGCCGUGUUCAAAGUAAUUUCCGCGAAAUGCGAAAUGGUCUCUGACCCUCCAAAAUCAGUUAUCUAUCUCUUUCUCUGACGGCUAUUUUGAAUUUCGCGGAAUCACUUUGAACACGGCAUAAGCAUUCCAAGCUUUUUCGAUCUUGCAAUCAGGUCAAAAAUUAUAGGUUGGCAUAGGUUUUCGAGGUAUAUAAAUUUUCAUUUUUCUCCUCGAAUUUUUCCUCAUUUCAAUAUUUUUUUCGUAUUUAUAAAUGCUUAUUCAAUGGGAGCUGAUUCAUUUUUCAUAAUAUUUUUUUGUUUUUUUAUUUUUGUAAUCAGUAAUUUAGAGUUUUUCCCCUUUCGAAAUCGUUCCUAAAUGUUUUUUUAACGUAAGUGAAUGUUUUUUUUUCACAUCAUAUUCUUCAAACUGAUAACUUUCAAACAUUUCAGGAGUUAUUAUCCUGAAGUCGCAAAUUCUAAAAUUGAAAAAAAAAAACAUUUUGAGUAUGCGAUAGUGCGUCUCGGUGUGCUUACACCCUAAGCAUCAUAAUUUACGAAAAGUCUUGACCUUGCGUAAUGAAAAAAACACCGUGGCCCGUAGAACUUUUUCCCCCAAAAAGGGCUAUUAAUCAUGUUUAUAAGCGAAAGAAAUCUUUUUUAUCGGUAUACCGAAUCAAAAUGAAAAAUGUUAUUAAAAAAAAAAGUUUAUGGAUUUUAUCAAUGUCGACAAAUUCCUUCUAGAAAAAGUUUGGCAAAAUGGAAUUAUCUCAAAAAGUUUCGAACUUCGGUCAUAGACACCGCAGUGCACGCUAGCCACUACACCACGCUGCCAACUGGAGUAGAGGGAUCGUACGCGAGCCACAUUCCCUCUUGCCUUGCAGCACUUAUUCAGCGUGCAAACUUUGAAACUUCAUAACUCGAAAACGAGAUCUAUUGCGAGAAAUUUUAUUCGUGUUCUGGAAAGAGGAGGUUUUAUAGUACCUUUCAGCAAAGUUUCAACAAAAGUUCAACCGGCCACCAAAAACACUUCCCUUGUCAGGAGACGAUAUAUCUUUGAAAGUUGCGUUUUUGAGAUUACGUUUCGAGUCGUCGGCGACUGCGACACGACUCAUCAGAAGUCGGCAAUGUGAAUAUUCUCUUUUCGAAGUAUCAAACGAUUCUAUUAAGCCUUCUGGCUUGUCUACGCUCCAACCAACCCAUCAACCACGCUCCGCUGUGCUCCUUCCAGAUGCACCCUACUCAAACGUGAGAAUCAAAUUCAAGAACACAGAAAGAGCAAUAUUUAAACAGCUUCAAACCGUCGUCGCCAAUUGAACUACAGAAGACACAAACUGAAACUUCAAAUCCUAUUAGAACGUGGGAUUUCUGUAUCUCUUGGCGUAAAUAUUUUCUUUAGACUUUCUUUAACGCACGGUGUAAAUACAAACGUCGAGAAAUGUCGCAAAAUGGCGCUAUCUGAACAUUCAAGCCAUCUUGAAGAAAAGUAUCAAUGA